AUCAAUCACUCUGCGCCACUCUCCCUAUCAAGCUUCUUCAAUUUUCCUCUGAGACCAGUCGUGAUUUUGCAGAGAUCCCUCAGGUUUUGGGAAGAUUCAAAAUCAGAAUGUAUAAUCGCAAGCCAAUGGAGAAGAAAAAGGAAGGCAUGGGUUCUGUUGAUCAAGACCUGAGCUUUAGGAAGAUAAUGAAGGAUGUUGAACUCUUUGGCUCUUCGCAUAUGACAUGGAAGGAUAAGAAAGCAUUGGAGAACAAGAAGGUGACUGCACUCGGUGGAAAGCCUCAAAAGAUGCAUAGGCUACCUCUGAGUGUAGCUAGAGUGCAGAUGAAGAAACAGAAAGAUAGAGAAGAGAAGAUGUUAGAACAGAAUAUGAUUCUUGGCAGAUUUGGUGGGGGUGGAAGUAGUAGUAGGAAACCCGCAGAGAGAAAGCGUACCCCAGAAGAGAGAGUCUUGAAGUCAACUGUAGGGAUUUUCAAAGGCGGUGUUCUUGAUGUCAGGCAUUUGCUACAUUCUGGUUCUUCGAGUACUAAUGACAGAGAUUUCAAGAUGAAGAAACCCGGUAGGAUCGAGAAGAACUUGGGAGGAGGAGGUGAUGGAGGAGGAAUCAAGUCUAAGGGAAAGAAGAAAGGAGGCAAAAAGAAGAAUAAAGGAAAGAAGAAGAAAGGAGGCGGUAAAAAGAAAGGCAAGUAAUCGCGUUAGCUAGCUCUGUAACAAGUUUUGAAGCAAAGGUUUCAAGCAUCGCUGUAUACUUCACAAGGAUUAAUCUUGGAAUUGAACAUUACUGUGAAAGAGCUGAGUUUUGUUACAAACAUGAAAUGUUCUUUAGGCAGUAUCCUCUCUUAGGACGAGUCUGUUACAGCUAUUGAUCUGGUUAUGAUUGUUUUAUCUUCUUUAUGAGUUUUGUAGACAUUGUAAUUCUUUAUUAAUGUAGUCAAGAUCCGGAUCAAUGCAAGUUCGUUUACUAGGA